AUUCUGAACUCAUUGUCAAACUUCAGAAAUUAAGAAUGCUGGAUCCAAUGUGGCUGAUGAUAAUCCAAGAAGUUAUUUAAUUUGAACGAAACUUUUUGUACCCAGGAUGUUCAGAACGAUGAUAACGAAUUAGAACUAAAAAUUUGAUAAUCGACAAUGGCAAAUUGAAUAUGGCUCACAAAAAUGCAAGAAAUUGCUUGAUUAGGACAAAUCUUGUGACUCGGUGGUUUUCGAGCACAUCGAUAACGAAUCUAAAAUUCAAUUUCAGAAUUUCAAAACGUCCGAGUCCCCGGAUUCGCCGUUUUAUAUUUUUGAAUUUCAACUACAGAUUCAGGCAAUUAGCGUUGUCAAAAACUCCGGGGAACCAAUCUCAGUCCAAGUAAAGUAAUUGUUUGCAUUCUCAUCGGUCAGUCCGGAUACUCCAUUGUCAGUUCGAAAAUUCUUGCUGGUUACGAAUUCGUAACCAGCAACGACACAAACGAACAAUUUUUCGCAUCACAGCUUCGUCGAUACAUACCCUGCAGAGAAAUUUCGCUCACGCUUCGCCGUCUUUGUUUCCUAUUGCACUGUGCAGCGUUCGGAUGCAGCUACGCGCAACGCGACACACACGCACGCAUCUCCAUGGUUCAGGAUCGAGUUCCCCACCACCGUUCGGCGCCCCUGAAACCCUCCACGUCUUGGCGGCAGCUAGUCGUGUGGCGCGAUAGACGCCCGCACACGACAUACGCUCGCCGCCACGCGACCGGUGCACACGUCGCAUUGCACACGCCGCACGGGCCGUUUGAAAAUCGCGCACGGCCGUCGCGACGGCGAUCUUUUUACUCGUUACGUCACAGAGGAAGGAAAUGCGAAAUUGUCUCUAGGCGCCGGUGAGGUGCAGCCAAUCUUCGACGAUUCGAAUGCGAUUUUUGCGAAUUGACGCUACUUUGAGAAAAGAUUAAUUGAACACCGUUGAAGAUAAUUUGAAGAAGCAAACGAAAAAAAAUAAAUAAAUAAAUAAGUCAGAGGCGAACAUUUACUCGUUUCUCUUACACGUGGCUUGUGGAUUGACGAAUAAUCAGAAACAUUUGUCCCGCGAAUUGUGAAGUGAAGUGCGUCGAACAUUAUAAAUCAUCGUAAAUAAAUGCAAAUGAUAUUUUCGCGGGAUAAUUACAUCGUCGUUGUGAACGUUUGCAGAGUUUUACGACAGUGAAAUUUUCAGAACAAGACACGUGACGAACGUUACGAGUGUGUAUAUUCUACAAAAAUAAAAAAAUAUUUAAAAACAAAAAAAUUAAAAACUUUCUCAUAAAUAGAAAUUUUUCGUCGCUACCAGUGGUUGGAUUUACAUAUUUUAUCGGUAAAUAAUCUGUUAUGUUUCGCCGAGGGUCAGCCACAGUUAUCCGCAUCUCCGGAUUAUAAUUGGAAAAAAAGAGAAAUACAAAAUAAAAAAAAAAAAACCCGGAACAAAAAUGAUGCGAUAAUCUCUUUUCAAACCCGAGCUAUACAACUACUACAGGAACUAAUCGUUCAAAAUAGACCUUCCGCCUACUGGAGAACAUGCGAGGGGACCAAUAAGCCGUGCGCUUAAACAUUGUGCAUAAACACUGGGAUUUCAGAUCAUGUCUUACGUCAAUAUUACUAUUUAUCGAGAUGACGUGAAAGGUUGAGUAACAUAUGGUACAAAAUUUGCACGUCCUUGUGAUAUUUUUUUGGAAAGUGACAACGGACAUUCGGUAACCGCGAGAUAUAAUGUGGCGCGUAGUUGUACCGCGAUCUGACGAGAACAGCACCCUGCUAUCCUCUGACAUAACGGCCGGUGCCGUCACCCCGGGUCACCUGCCGUCACUGUCGGGCCCAUCGGGGCCUCACCACUGGGGCUAUCCGCCGCCCCCGCAUCCCUCCUACCAACCUCAACACCCGGAUGUACGUCACCAUCACGAGAUGCGGCACGACAUGCAGAGGCCGGAACUCCGCCACCCCGCCGACAUCAGGCACGAGAUGAGGCACGAUAAUAUAGCCGGGAUGAGGCCGGACCUCACGGAGUUAAGACCCAGUCACGAACUGCCCGAAUUGAAGAACGACAUCACCGAGUUGAGGGCACAGGACAACCAGCAGCAGCAACAGCAGCAAUUGUCACAGUCAAGGGGGAUGAAACGGACCAUGAGCGAUUCGGACUGCGACGAUGUCUUCUCCGAGGAGAGUGGGAAAGAACCGUGUAACUCGCCAGGUGGUGAUUCCUGUCAGCACGCUUCGCGCAAACGAAGACGAGGAAUGAUUGAGAAAAAAAGACGUGACAGGAUAAACGCUUCCCUCGGAGAAUUGCGAAGAUUGGUACCAGCUGCCGCCAGGGAUCCUCACAGUGGAAAAUUAGAAAAAGCUGAAAUACUUCAACUCACCGUCGAACAUCUACGUACCUUGAGAAAUAAAGGACCGGAAGGAUACGACAGCACCAAGUUGGCAAUGGACUACCACGCUGUCGGUUGGGGCGAAUGCGCUGCCGAAGUUGGACGAUACUUGGUCACCAUGGAAGGCCUCGACGAGAGAGAUCCGCUGCGUCUGAGACUGCUGUCUCACCUUCAAAGUUUCCACAGAGAACACCCGCCGACCACCACCGCCGUGCUGCCUUCCGGAUCCUCCGUCAGUUCCGCCACUACAACCGGAAGCUACGAGCCGUCGAGCUCUUCCUCCGUCGGGAUGCCCGCAGCACCUGGAAGCAUGCCGCCGCUUCUUGGCAGCGGCGCUCUUGGCUGGGGUCAGUAUCCUGGACAGUACGUCCAACAGCAGCAUGGAAAACCGUAUCGACCUUGGGGCGCGGAGUUGGCCUACUGAAGUCAAAUAGGUUAUCCCCCGAGUGGAUAAUGCAAGCCAAGCAAUUAAUCGAUUCUGAGACGUUUAUGUAACGUUGCAAGACUGACCGGUUUUAGCCGUUGCACCAAUCGAGACGACGAUGUUUUAUAGUUCACUUUGACGGCAUGGUAGGAUAUUUUCUUGGACUGUGCGUUUAGUGCGACGAGAAACACUCUCAAUCGGGAAAUUGAACCACAUAGACUCACCGAGAUGAAACUGGGAAAUUUUACUGGCUGCGCGUGCGCGGAAUAAUUCAACUCUAUUGGUCGGCGGGGUCGCACCGCGGUAAUAUUUUCGUCUGCAAGGCAGGGGAGCCAACUUACUCGAAACGGGGUAUGGGAUGUAAAACUCUCUCGCGUCAAGAGGCGAAUUGAAAUUAUGUUGUUGCGAUGACUCAUAGCAGUCAUCGAUCGUCAGCCAGUUAACAGUAAUAAAAAGUUUGCCGAGCCUUCUCGAUGAAUUAUUCAAGGACUGCUGGAUAUAAAAAAAUUCGUAUUACCUACAUAGCCUCAACAAACUGUAUUUGAAAGCUGAAGCUUGAGGUGGUCAACCUGCGUAAAAAUUCGGACGCGCAAUCAGCCAAGUUUCACCGUUUUCUUUCGGUAUGCCGAGACUUGCGCAACAAAAACGACUAUACGUAUUUUCGGUACACGGAAAUUGGGCUCAUACCGCCGAAUUAAUUAACUAAUUGAAGGUUGGUAAUGGUUUGUUUGUUUUGAUUGACUUCUAAUAACAAAUGACAGCAUUGUCCGUGAAGAUUCACCAUGAUUUAGAGGGGCUCCGUUUUUUUUUUUUUUUGAUAACUUUUUGUUAGCCUGGACAAAGGUAAGUUGUUCCUGAAAAAAUUUUAUUUUUGUUUGAUGUGAAAACUGCGUACGAGAACUAAUAUUUGGGAGAAAAUCGAGUGUUCGAAAAUAUUUUACUCCGAAGUAGAAAGGAAGCUGUAAGUGCGGCCAUCUUUUGUUUUCCAUUCAAACUCAUAAAAUAAAUCUGUCCGUGUUCAUGAAUACGUGUGGUUAAAAACAGUGAAACUUAGAAUUAUCAUCUCGAUGGAACGGCAUAGAACACUUGGCUCGUUGUCAGUUAAUCCCUUUCAACCUAGUUUCUUUUGCCUUCGAAUUAAUUGUAAGUAUAAUACUUUAAUACAAUAUAUCAAAUAAAAAAGUAAGCAUCUCAAUAUGCGCUGUAUCGAUGAAAUUCAAGCCAGAUGAUCCAAUUGUACAAAUAUGAAGCCCAACCGAACUAAAGUGCCAUGAACCUUGUGUAAAGUAUAAGCUAAAAACUUUUCAAUAAUUCUUUUUGCGCCUGUCAUUUCUUUUGUCAGAAACUCCGCUAACUGUUUGUUUAUGUCAUGAAUGACCCGCUAGUGAUGAGAGUUUGUUCGAAGUUUCCGAGCAUUUUUAUAUCGUGCUGCUGCGAGUGAGAAUCUAGUCUGAUUCGCGAUUCGUGAGCAGAUAGUCAAUCAAAUGAAAUGCGUAUGAAAAUAACUUUGAUAUAAAGCGAGAGCAGUUUGCUUAAUUUUACGAGGUGCGUGUACUUAUUUAUUAUUAUUAUUAUUACAAUAUGUAUGUGUAAAUAUAUGCGAGAACUGUAAUUGCGAUUAACCGCGAAACAGCCGCCUGCAACUCAUAAGCUGCCAAUAUAUUUCUAUGGUAUAUGUGGGUUGUACAAAAACUCAGGAAACCAAUUGCAUCGAAACGACCGUAAAUCCCUAAACCCAUACUCUAUAAGUGAUAAAAUGAUAGUCAUACGAGUACCUAAUUUGAAAUGUAAAAAAAAAGUAUUUAUUUAUACCAGUCUAGUUGUAAUACAAUAAUGUAUAGAAUAUUCUUUUAAGGAACUGUACAGUGUAAAUGCCCGAACAACUAAUCAACCAAUUAAAUUAAGUAUGUAUUAUAAUUUAUAGAUAUCACAUGCGGCUCAAUUGCAACACAGAAAUUUAUUAGAAUGUAGAAAUUAUUUCUGAAUUCGAAAUUUUAUACAUGCGCAUCUGUUUCCUGACAAAAUGAAAAAUGAACUAAACAAUAGUUUUCCUUUACCAUUUUCGACAGUUUUGACCGAGUGUAAUUGGAAAAGUAUGACAGAUGUAAACACAGCACAAUGUGAUACUAAUCGAACAAAUAUCAAUUCCAAAUGUAUACGCGUGAAAAAUGCCUUAAUAUUUUAUAAUUGUGCGAUGUUUUAA